AUGUCCCAUACUACAUCGAAGACGUGGGUUUCAGCGGAAACCAAGGAAUUCGAAGCAUGGGCGAAAAUCCGUGACGCAAUGAUAUAUGUGGCGCCAAAAUCUCCAUUUGUACCAACAACAUUUAAGGAAUGGUUGUCGCUCAAGUUAUUAAGGAAGGAGGAGGAUAGGCACAGGGUGGCCCUGUCGCUCGCCACAAAGCAGAGAAAGCUGAACAAAGCAGCCACAAAACUGGACAGAGUUUUCAGGGGGAAGAAGUUGGGAGAUCAACUUGGCCUAGUCCUAGCAGCUGAGACGAUUUGGGGGCCCUCGUCUGACCCAGGAAGUGGCCGCUGGAAUGCAUCAUGGCCAACUCACGACGAAUAUAAACAUGAGGGAGACGACAGAUGUAGGUCCGGAUACUCGAGAUUCCCCCCUCUACCAAGGGAGAUAGCAAACGAUACCGUGAAUUGGAAGCAGCGGAAGCCGGUCGAGCAAUACCCAUUUGACAAAGUUGGGAAGGUAAUGGUCAAGAGCUGUAGCGGUGCAGCUGAGAUAAGUAUUGGAAACGCUGUUGGGUUUAUCGGUAGAUCGUUCAUUCGCGACUUAGAUUUUGGGAAGUCUUGA